AUGUCCGCCGUCGCCCAAGUUCAACAAGUCGCCAAGACCGUCGCCGUCUCCACCGGCAAGGUCGCCAACGCCAAGUCCAUGAUGAUCUGGCGCCCGCACGGCAACAAGAUGUUCGAGACCUUCUCCUUCUUGCCGCCGCUCUCCGACGCCGAAAUCGCCAAGCAGUGCCAAUACUUGCUCAACAACGGCUGGACUCCGUGCAUCGAGUUCGAAGAUGCCGAGCACGCCUACGCUGACGGCCACGGCUGGUCCAACCUCGACUCUUCCAUCAACUCCCUGUACUACGACAACCGCUACUGGGUUAUGUGGAAGCUCCCCAUGUACGGCUGCCAAAACACCGACGAGGUGCUCGCCGAAGUCAACAUGGCCAAGAAGUGCUUCCCGGACUGCUACAUCCGCGUUGUCGGCUUCGACAACAUCAAGCAAGUCCAAUGCGCUGGCUUCUUGGUGUACCGCCCGGCCUCCGGUGCGGCGUGCGCCGUUGACAAGCGCCAAAUCCAAGGUUAA